GCCUGAUUAUUUUUACACUGUCGAGUCUGGCGGUGAAAUCCAGGUCAUCUCCGCCGGAUCACCAGCCGAUACGGCUCAAGCUUCUGCUCUCCGCGGAUCCGCAGUGCUAUUUCCUGAUUCCUCUUUUGAGAGUGAGAUUGCAAGCUGAAGGAUGAGGUGGGGCAGGCUGAUUAGCAUGCUGUUACACUGAGAAGAGUUUAUCCACCCAGGACAAGCAGCAGCAACUACACGUUCCCUACCUAAAUCAACUAUCAAACACCUGCUCUCAAUCAAGUAUCUGUCUGGAUAUUUCUCUCUCUCUCUCUCACACACACACACACACACACACACACACAGAGCUAUGGCUGGCUGGCUCUGGCUGGGAGGGUAAUUGGUGUGCUGGUUGCCCUGGCAACCCCACUCUGAUUCCUGUUAAAAAGAGCCAUACUGUCACUGAAGACUUUUUAGCCCCCUUCUGCCUUUCUCCGGAGUUUAUUUGCCCUUUGAGGAGGGAAAGGGCAGUGGCCGGAGCCAUGGACUCAUGAGGUGAGAAUGGUAGCACGGUGGCUGUUCGGCCCCCAGGAGCCCUCAGGCAAUUAGAGCCAAUAACGUGGGCACAUACACGGGCAGAGCGGCAGGAGCAGUAUGCAGGAGGCUGACCUACCGGCCACCAAUGCUUUCACAGAGUGCAGAUUCUUGUGCACUAAUGGCAGAUGCCUGAACCUGGGCUCACAGGUCUGUGAUCAGCUAAACCACUGUGGAGACAACAGUGAUGAGGAGCACUGCCCCAUCUCCACCCAGCAUCCUGCAUCUGCGAUCUUCAGCUCUGAACUGGAGUUUGUGCAGAUCGUGAUCAUAAUUGUUGUGAUGACUGUGAUGGUUGUGGUGGUCUUGUGCCUCCUAAACCACUAUAAACUCACCACGUGGUCGUUCCUGAGCCGGGCGAGUCAGGGACAGAGUCAGGACCUUUCUUUGCAGCAGGAGGGUUCUUUGUGGCCAUCAGAUAAUGGACUGAGACAAGGGGCAUCUGAGGUGGUUUAUGCUCCUCAGCCAAGGGACCGUUUUACUGCUCCCACUUUCAUGCAGCAUAACCGCUUCAGACGUUUCCAGCCCACCUACCCAUACCUGCAGCACGAGAUCGAUCUGCCACCCACCAUCUCCCUGUCAGAUGGAGAGGAACCGCCACCAUACCAGGGCCCUUGCACACUGCAGUUGAGAGACCCUGAACAGCAGCUCGAGCUCAACAGAGAGUCUGUUCGUGCCCCACCCAACCGAACUAUCUUUGACAGCGACCUUAUCGACAUGCACAGUUCAGGGGGUGGCGGAGGGCCGCGCCCUCCCAGUAGCAACUCUGGGAUCAGUGCUGCCAGUUCCAGUACGCACGGACGCAUGGAGGGUCCACCGCCCGCUUAUAGUCAAGUCAUUGGACAGCACUCAGGCAUAGUACUUUACCUCCACCAGCACAGCAAUAACCCGCCUGUCCCUGUCACUGUGCAGACUCCUCCCAGGUGCCGGACAGAUCAGAGCAGCCCAGAGAGCACAAUAGCAUUGAGCAAGGACAGACAGAGGGAAGAGCUUGUUUGAGAGGGGUGGGGCUAGCACACGAUUGGAUAUCACACUCACUCUCCACCCAUAAAGAGAACAGGUUCACCUUCUAGACACUCCCGUGCACAACAGAGCUUUAUGGGUCUUCACAACACAAGCAAAACCAUUUGUCAAAAAAAAUAACAAAGUGAAAUUGAGCUUACUAAAGAAUCAUUUCUUUUUCUGUCAGACCAGCUGCGAUAACACUGCGGUUUAUGCACUGCCUGGAGUUUCCCACCUUUGUUGCUUUGUAUUACUUGCAUAUAGCCUACAAUUAAGAAAAAUAUUCUAGCACAAGACAGGCUUUUUGUUGUUGUCAUUGUUUUUAUUGGUUUUAUCAUUAAAUCCCCCUCAAAUGUCCCCUCCUACCCAAGCCACACGUGACACUAGCUGUGUGGAUAAGAAUUUCUUUUUUUAAAGACCUAUAUCUGUGCUACAUGAACAAAACAUAAAUGUGGAAAAAUGGUGGAAAUCCAAAUCCUGGUGCCAAGGUAUACGUGGAAGGUGUCGUAGGGUGUUGACUGUCUUAAAGACUUGUUAAACACUUAAAUCAAAAACCUUCUGUGAAAUUUGCACUACUGUUAAAGUUAUUCAGAGAAAUUUGGGAAGGUGGGGUGAUGUAUGUGUUUACUGUUAGUACUGUUUGUUUUCAUGUAGAUCUGAGCAUAUGCUUUAAUGCAGGCUUUCUAUGGGAGGGAAGUGAUCUUGUCUGUCUUGUCUGCACAAGAAAAAUCUCUAAUCCAGCCUAAAAUAGCCUUUGUCUAAAAGAGGCACAGAAUACAGAGAGUCUGCUCUACUCUCAUCUAUCCUCACCAGUGACACUUCAGCCACUUUCACAAACUCCAAGGUCAGUUGAAAGGAGGCCUAAAAAUCUCACUUUACUAAUAGAAGUGAACAGGUUUGACAUGUUAUAAGAUGUGUAAUUUAUUCAAAUGAAGUUCUGGAAAGAAGAGCGCACUGUAGCUGUGCGUACACUGUUCUCCAUAAGCACGUUUUUUUCUUAAAGGGAUGGUUUGAAAAUUCAGACAUCCUUUACUCAUCCUCAUGCUGUCAAACCUGUAUGACUCUCUUCAUUGUGUGGAACACAAAAGGAGAUGUUAUACAGAAUGUUAGGACCUGGCAACCUCAAUAACCAUACACUUUCAUUACAUUCUGUAUUUUGUUCCAUACCAUGAAAGUGAAUGUUGAAUGAUGCUGUUGCAUUGAAGAAAGGCAUACAAGUUUGGAAUGGCAAAAGGAUGAGUAAAUGAUGACAGAAUUUUCAUUUUUGAGUAAACUAACCAUGUUAACCCUCAAAACAAAAAACAUUAUUUAUGAGCUAGAGUCUGUGAAGAAAAUGACAUCAUUUUCAGAGGUUAAAGGUCAAAAUUGUACCAUUUCAUUCCUUUUGCACCUUCUUCUGUGAUUAAAAACUGAAAUACUUUUUAAACAAA